AUAAACUUACACGAAACGCCACUUAACAACGUUAUAUACUUCCCAGGAUGAUGCAGGCUGCUGUACUCAUAGCUUUGGCUGUGGUGCUGGAUGGGCAUUACCUGAACUUAUCAAUUCAGAAAGACAACAUUUGGUACAAGAGGCACUGGCAAGAAAAUCAGAAGAGUGCAUUUCCAUCGACUGAAAUAUCGUGGAAAACUCACGUACCGUCUGACAUUCAGAUUUCGUCAGAGGAUACAAGCCAAAGCAUGGCAUAUGGAGAUUCGAUGCUGGCGGAAAAAGACCAGAUUACCCGAAAUUUGAAGAGCAAGAAUAUGAGCUUACCUCGUGAUUCCGCCGCAUACAUACAUCAAGCCAUAUUCAGGAGGUCUUCCCCACGUUCCAGCCAAUUAUCCAAGAAAGGCUACACGAUGGACCAAGCCACUUCUUUCCUCAAGAACAAACUCAAACUCAGCGACAUGACUGAACUUUGA